AUGGCGGACACGCGGACUCUCGAAAAGCGAGACAUCGAGACUGUUAUUGAGGACGGUUCUCAUGUUGAGCACAAACCUCAGGUCAUCGAGAUUGGAAACUUCCGCGUUAUUGGUCUUGACCCUGACGAUGCGGACUUCUUUAUCAACUAUCCGGAAGAGAAGAGGAAGAAAAUUUUCCGAAAGAUUGAUAGGCGGCUCAUCCCCGUUCUUGCGAUGCUUUACCUGAUCUGCCACAUCGAUCGAGCCAACAUCGGAAACGCAAAGAUUGAAGGGAUGGUAGAGGACCUUGGAAUGACUGGAGUUCAAUACAACACAGUCCUCUCUAUUUUCUUCGUCCCAUAUGUUAUAUUUGAGAUCCCCAGCAACAUUUUGUUGAAAAAGUUCAAGCGCCCAUCAACAUAUCUUGGAAUUCUCACACUCUGCUGGGGAGUUGUUAUGACCUGCACCGGUCUGGUGCGCAACUUUGGAGGUUUGAUGGCCACUCGAGUGCUUCUCGGUAUUUUCGAGGCUGGAUUCUUCCCUGGUGCCAUCUACCUGUGCUCCUACUGGUACAUGCCCAAAGACAUGUCGGCUCGAGUUUCAUACUUUUAUUGCGCAAGCGCUCUGUCGGGAGCAUUCUCCGGCCUUCUAGCCGCGGCUAUCGCCAACAUGGACGGUGUAGGCGGUUAUGAGGGCUGGCGCUGGAUUUUCCUCUUGGAAGGCAUCGUUACAGUAGUCAUGGGCGUUGCAUGCUUCUUCCUCCUCAUCGAUACGCCAGCUCUAUCAACACGCUGGCUUGAGCCUGAGGAAAUCCGCUACUUGGAGCUCUCCAUGCUGAUCAAGCAGGGAGGAAGCUAUCAGGAGGAGUCUAAGUUCAGUUGGAGGGAUCUGAAAAUGGUUGUCACGAACUGGAGAGUUUAUGUUCAAGCCUAUUUCCUGGUUUGCCAGUCUGCCCUUUCUUAUGGAACCAAAUUCACACUUCCCACAAUCACCAAGGCUAUGGGCUUCAACAACACGGAUGCCCAACUGACAUCCGCUCCUCCCUACGUUGCUGGUGCUAUCUCAGCAGUGAUUUUCGCCAAGUUGUCCGACAGGUUCUUUUGGCGCAUGCCGUUCGUCUGCGCCCCAAUGCUGAUUGUUACUACGGCCUACUCCGUCCUCUUCUCACUGAACGGGCAGCUCUCUGCAAAGAGAGGAGUAGCUUAUUUCUCCAUCGUGCUUGGCAACAUCGGGUUCUUCCCCCUACAAGCUGCCGCCGCCAGUUGGAACAGUAACAACAUCGCCCCCGCCUCCCGACGAGCAAUCGGCAUCGCUUUGAUGAACUGCGUCGGAAAUGUCGGUGGUAUCGUCGGUAGCUUCAUGUAUCUUGAAUCCGAGAAGCCUAAGUACCCCACGGGCUUUGGUCUCAGCUUAGCUUUUGGUGCGUCUGGAUUCAUUGUCGCACUUCUCCUGGAAUGGAGCUACAAGGUUGCGAACAAGAGAAAGGCAAAGCUUGCGCCAGAGGCACGGGUCACUUAUACUGAGCAGGAGUUGAUUGACAUGGGCGAUAGGUCACCGCUCUUCAAACAUGUUCUGUAA